AUCACUUAACAAAUUAAUUGUUCCGCAUUAAUCCUUCAUUCUGGGUGAAACCACCUGUCAAAAGGUGCAUACUUAAACGUCGAGUUGACUGCAGUUAUACUUCAUUCCCAGUUCAUACAAAUACUAUUUAACCCUAUUUAAAAUGAAAAUCUGCUACGAAAUUAGAUUCUGUGUAACUGUUUUGUUUUGUGGAAUUGUUGGCCUGGUUGAGGCAGAUAUUCCACUGACCCACAACUUCCAAAAAGAGCAAAUCUUUGUACAGGGAAACUGGUAUAAUAAAGACGGGUCAAAUGGAAGACCGGUAAUUACACCGCAGGACACCUUUCAACAGUGUAUGCACCACAAUAAUGCGUCCGGCUGCGAGACAACGUGGGGGCAGAGAUAUUGGACAAAUACAAACUAUUAUCAGCCAGGUCGACCAAUUUUUAUAGAGUUGGCUGGAGAGUGGGACGCGGCCGGAAGUGUGGAUGGGGGUUAUUGGCACAACUAUGCGAGACAGUACAAUGCUAUGCUCAUCGUUCUAAAACAUCGCUUUUAUGGCGGUAGUUUUCCAAUUAGAAAUCCUACAAAUGCUGAUUUAUGGUUGAUGACAUCUCAACUUGCGUUGGCCGACGCGGCACGAUUUAUUGAAGUUUUUACCGCCAAUAAUAAUUUAAAUGGAACUAGCUGGGUCGCGUUUGGUUGCUCAUAUGGAGGAAAUUUGGCGGCUUGGUUCAAACUCAAGUAUCCAAAUCAUGUGAAAACUGCGGUCUCAUCUUCCGCUCCGGUAGAAGCGUUGUACGAUUACCCAGGAUAUAUGCAGACCGUAUCUGACGUCGUGGAGGUAGUGGACGCACCAUGCUAUACCCAACUUUAUGAUACGUUCAGCUGUAUGGAGGCCCUAUACAAUGGUUCUCAACCCACUUGCGGGACAUACAAUUCCCCCGAUGACCUUCUUGCCCCGCUGCAGUGGUGCAAUUCCGUCGAUUGGAAUGGUCUCAGUCGAGAAAUAUUGUUCCUCUCGCUCGCCAUGAACGUGUGGGCGGCUAAUGCCCCGUCAGGUCCAGUUAGGCGAGCCUGCGACACCUUGUCAUCUAUCAAUGGUGCAAACAACGUCGAGAAAUACGGCAAUUUCAUGCUCGCCAUGGGGCAGGAUGGAGGUUGCCGCCAUCACGGUGAGAAAGCUGGGGCAGACAGAGAAUGGCUGAAAUCUGAGGAAGCUUGGCAAGCCGGCGCGGCGGGAUGGCGUUGGCAAACAUGCAACGAAUUUGGGUACUUCAUGUCCUCCGAUCCUAUUCAUGGGCUGUAUGGAAGGAGAACAUGGUCUGGCGAUGGGUACGGAUCGUACUGUACAACCUAAGGGGCACAAUUUACGCGAGCCUACGUGGAGGGACGGAUCGCGGAAACAAACGCGUAUUAUGGCGGGAAGAAUUUAGAUUCAAAAUGUGUCAUUUAUGUGCACGGAACAUGGGACCCUUGGCACACGCUAGGGGUCACGACACCAAAGGCUGAUAAUACAGUGAUUAUUGUUCCAGGAACUGAACAUUGCGCCGACAUUGGAAAUCCCACCAGUCCAGAGAUGGUGGCAGCCCAGGCACAAAUUUUGGCACAAAUAGGAUCUUACCUUAAUGAUCCGAUUUGUUAAAGUUAUCGGAAUUUGUUUUUAUGAAAUAUACGCAAAAAGGACAACACAUUUUUGGCAAUUUCCCAAUUUUCUAAAAUUAUACAGAAUAAAACCAUGCCUGCAUAAAAUCAUAAAUAAGUACGCGAUUUACGUAUGCCACUGUUAUUAAAAAUUUUGUAUCAUUUGCUGUCGUUUCUGCUGA